AUGGAAAAGUCAAUGGCGUCAAUUGGGUCAUCUGCAGAGCAGGGCAUUAAAAAGCCGCUUGAUAUUAGCAAUUUGAUGUCUCCUCCUGAGCCUCCUCGCUUUGAUUCAUUCUCGCAGAGACGAGAUUCUAAUUCCAUGGGUCCAACAAUCUCAGAUGUUCGACGGAUGGGUCCAAUUCCACCUCUGUCGCCUCCUAUUUCUCCCGCAUCUAAGACUGUUGAUCACCCCGUCGCUGCCAUGUCUCCGACGGGCUCUCCCGUACAGGAUCCUAUUCUAUACCCAUCGCAAGAUGUCGCCAAUUCACCUCAGCAGCGACCGCUAUUUGGUCAGGACGAGCCCACCGAUAUCCGGCGAAUUGUGGACGACCAUGUCAAUUCGCGACCAGCGGAUCUCUUCAGACAAGCGACCCCACCAAAGCGGGAGGAGUACGAGUUGUUCCUGCAUUUUAGCUCCCAGGUCAUGAAGCUCUACUCCAAAGAUCCAAAAGGAUGGCUAAGGCGAGAACGCCAACUCUUAAUGUCGGACCGUAAAGCUGGAGCUCGCAACACUCAAUUCAAAUUGCAGCCAAAAUUGAUCCUUCCAGCAAAGCCACAACCGAUUCGAAAGGAAACGCAGCGCGCCAAGACAACAAAGUCUGCCAAGGUCGUAAAGACGGCGCAGUCCCAACACUCAGCUCCUCGUCCAAUUCGAUCGUAUCCGGCCCCAGGUUCGGGCCAGACUCCGCGCCAAGCUCCCAAGCGCCUACCCAGCGAGACAGCCGAUCCUUCGCCACGUCGUGCAGUUGCCCCGAACCGGGAGGACAAGGACUUCGAGUCGGUCCCUAACUUUUGCCCGCCCCUUGACUCGCUUCCGAGCAAGGCCAACAGCCUAAAGGUAGAUUGGAAGGGGACUCCUAUUGAUCUGAGUAACGACCAGCAUCGCCAUCUCUUGCACGCUGACGAGGUUUCGCUCGCCGCCAACCUUCGACUCGAUUGCGCUACGUACCUUACGAGCAAGAGGCGGAUGUUUGUGAGACGUCGGGAGUGUCUCGAGGUGGGAAAGGAGUUCCGCAAGACGGAUGCGCAGCAGGCCUGCAAGAUUGACGUCAACAAAGCCUCCAAGUUGUGGACGGCCUUUGAAAAGGUCGGUUGGCUUGACAAAGCCUGGAUGGGUCCUUACAUGUGA